CAUUUGACGUUGGUUGUCAAGGUUGACAACAAUUUAUUGUUGUUCUCAAUUCUUGAAUUAAGUUCUGUGACAAAAAAAUAUUUAACUUUUGAAAGCAUCAGAAAAGCACCGAAAUGGUAAAAAUAGCUCUGCAAAUAAAAGCGUCUUUGGAGUGUAUAGAAAAAUUAUACACAAACCAUCCUUAUUACCAAUGGUUUUUGAAAUUAAAGUGCGGAAGCUGUGGAGAGGUUACCGAUAAAUUUCACGAUCUCACUGAAGCUGAAAAAGUUCCACAGAAACAUAAUAGAUCUGAGACAAAUUUGCUUAUAAAAUGCAAACUGUGUUCGAGGGAGAAUAGCAUUGAUGUUAUCGAAGGAAGUAAUGGUGUACUAACAAGUGAUGAUGGAAACAAAUUCAAGACAUUAGUUAUAUUUGACUGUAGAGGUGUGGAACCUGUAGAUUUUGAACCUAAGUCAGGAUGGAUUGCUGAAUCGGAAAAUGAUGGAAAAAAAUUUGAAGAUGUUGAUUUAUCAGAAAAAGAAUGGGCCGACUAUGAUGAGAAGAAUCAGACUUCUGUUGGAGUGUAUGAGCUGGAGUGGCAAUUUAUAAAAGUCAAGUAAAUUUUACCUUAAGUAUCAUAUUUUCUAUGCAUUUGUUAUUAAAUAAAUAUUGUUUCAAUCUGUUAA